UACCGUUGCACGCUACUUAAUUGCGGUACGCGAGCCAGUUUAGAUGUAUUAGAUAUCGGGAUGCGUGAUAAGUUUCACCAAUCUCUCCAGCCAGUCACCAAAGUCUUUGGUUGGCACCCAGAAACCAGCUUCCGUCUUUUGCGAACUCUCCGUAUGACAGAAUUGACCUCCAAAAGAAACACACCAGUGACGGCUGAGGACCUACUUGUUGCGUACCUAGGUACGUAUCUAUCAGAUUGAAUGUUCGAGUUACUUGUUCAUCCUAAUUCUUGGUCGAAGAGACUCCAUUUUGCAACUGGACCAUUCGAAAACAGCAGAGACUGUGCUUGUACUUUGCGAUCGUUAGUGCCGCCGCCUCCUCUUACUUUUCUUUUGCCGCUUGUUCUUGCUGAUUCCACCUCGCUCUAUUCAACACUCUUUGCGUUUGUUUCACGUAAUCGAUCAAAUUAACAGUCAGGAACUGGUGACUUCAAUCAAAGAUGCUUCUUUUACAUCGAAUGGUUUGACGCUUGCUCCUUCCGCGUUGGCUCAAACGAUCACUGCACAUAUCACGUGAUUUAGCAGCCUAAUCGCUCAAGCUCGUCCAGUACCUUGGUCAACGUUUCUCGCACCCACACUUACGCUCGCACAUCCUGCACUGCCUCAAAAUAACCAUGCCAGGCAAAGCGCACAAUUCCAUCUACGUUGGUCCUACCCUGGACCCAUGCGGCCAAUUCAUCAAGUUCAAGAUAAACAUUACACAAGAUCAGAUCCGUACGGGUUAUUGGCGAUUUGACACCGAGGGACAUAGCAAAGAUGAUCACAGAGCUUAUUUGAGCGGUUUCAUGUCCCCGGAGGCUGUAAUCGAGACAGCUGCGCGCGGGCAGGGUGCCAGCCCCAACAUAUCCCUACGCUGGAUCCCGGGUGAGGAAGAUCUUUACAAGGUCGUCCGAGUUGGCACAGCCUCCGAGCAUUUGAGAUGCAUUGCCGAAGAGAGGCAACAAGUUGGCUUGCGUGCACCGCCUCACGGCGAGGUACCGUCCUACUUACUCGAUAGUACGGGCAAACUAUGGAACUUUCGAAUACGAUCAAAUGCUCUCACUCGAAGCGAAGGAACUCUUUCGUCCAGGUGCAGGUCAGUUUCUGAUCGUAUAAAUCAGCCUUGGUCGAUCACUACCACCGAAAAUAACGCGAAAGGAUCUCAGCAGUCUGCGCCAUCCCUUUCUGCUGCUAAUGCCUCCUCAUCCAACACAAAUAUUUCGCAGAAGCAUGAGAAUUCGAAACUGAAGAUGCCACAUCAGCAGAGUGCUAAUAACUCUGGAUAUAAUACCAACAAUUCAUGCCAUCUCUCGGGCCCAAACCGACAAUUCCCUUCGUACACCCCUCCUAGCAGCAAUACCCUCGAGAAACCUACGAGUACCCCAAUAUCAUCCCCGGCUCCAUCCACACUCGAAUCCAUAACAUCCAAAUCUGGCCACCGACAAGAGCCGAAGCCUUCGACUCAUAGUUCAGCCUUACAGAUUCCGCAAUCGGGCAUGGGAUUGUCGUUGUCUGUUCCUGGAUAUUAUACCAAUGACAAACCACCGCCAAAUCCUAACAACACAAACGCCGAGCCUCAAACUGCUCACAUCUCACGUAGUCCAUACAGGAACAUCCUUCCCCAUCAGAGCUCGGAAGACAGUGGUACUCAACCGGAAAUAUCCAACAGGUCAGCUGCACAAACCCCUAGUCUGGAAGCUCUAAAUAGUUCUUACCGAUCCAUUCUUCCUCGCAUGCCGCCUGGAGAAGUCAUGCCUUCUUCAAAAGCACAUGGCUACGCGGCACAUACCACUGGCGCUUCAGACUUGCAAGACAGAACACGACAAUCAGUUGAAAGCUCACGCAAUCACCCUACCUUGAAGCGGAUGCACGAAUACGCUUCUGGUUGGGAGAAUCUGAAAGCCCAGCCAAUGAACAGUAAACAAAGUCAACCACUCACGACGGCUGAUAGAGCAUUAUCACAGCAUCGUUUCAAUGACAGAAGCAUGUUCCCAGCCAUAGACCCAACAUUAUACAACAUGAAUGUUCCUCACACUCCAGGUAGUUCGAUAAACCUACCAAGCCAACCAAAUCCUGGAGCUAAUAUACCUAGGGGAGUGCAGUCCAAGCCUAUACCUGCUCCAAAAAUGUACCCAGACAAAACAAAGCUGUUGCGUAGACGAACGCCUAUUUUUUCCCGCCCUGCUCUUGGUGAUCGACCAGUCCAAAAGCCUUCCGAGAGUGAAUCAGAAAUCACGGAAAGCCCUCCCGUCGUUCGAGCGCCUAAACUUGCUUCCAAAGUACCGCCUCUUGUGCCACCCAAAGCUUUACCCAGUUCUUCGUCCCAACAGUCUCGUCAGCAUCAACGACCCGUGACGGAAAAGAGCCGAUCAUCUAUAAAAUCUCCACCAGAUUACCAUAAUCUUGAGGAAUCCACUGUCAUAGUUGAUUGUCCCGGAUCCGAACAUGACCAAACAAGCUACGAGGACCUUGACGGAUUCGUGAGCGUAGAAUCUCCCAAUCUUCCCAAAAGAUCGACCAACUACAACGAUGCCAACGCAUUAUGGCACAUGUACUACCUUUGA